UCAUACUGCGAUUUCAGGAUGCCAAACCUAUUCUCCCGAUUCUCCUGAACUAGCCUAUUACUUCUACAAAUAUCACUAAGAAGUGGGUUAUUUUUGGAAUACGAAACAUUUAAUUGCGUCACAUGGGAGUUUCCAAGCGUUCCAAGACACCUUUUUUUCGUUAAACUGCGAACCUCAAGAAGAUGCUACCUUUUUUACGCACCGGGUGCAUAGCCAUAUGAGAGCUUUUGCAAUGAGAGGUUCGUUCUCAACAUGUUUUUUCCAAGGAUUACACGUGGAGAGAGGCGCUUCGUGAGAGGAAGACCUGGCUGGUGAAAUUACUUUUGAUUUUUGUGAGAGGGUAUCGCUCUGUUCAAUGGCUCCGGCUUUAAGGUUGACUAAACGUACGGAUGCCAACCCCUGGCCAAGGAUGUCUUCAACUUUCUGGGUUGUGAUACUGUUGACGAGUCUCUUAAUCGUCUACUGCGGUCAACUGGCGGCGGGGACAUGUGAGAUUGUGAUGCUGGACAGGGACAGCAGUCAGCCCAGGCGGACCAUCGCCAGACAGACUGCACGGUGUGCCUGUAAGAAGGGACAGAUCGCUGGGACGACAAGAGCCAUGCCAGCCUGUGUGGACGCUAGUAUCGUCCGGACCAAACAGUGGUGUGAGAUGGUCCCAUGUCUGGACGAUGAGGGCUGUGACCUGUUAAUCAAUAAAUCUGGAUGGACUUGUACACAACCAGGAGGCAGAGUCAAAACCACUACGGCUCUAUGACGUGACUGGAGUCCCUGUGGGUCCUCCAUUCCGCUGACAGUACCAUGGCGGAGGAGAGCAUUGAUGACCAUGACAGACAGCCUCAGCCCAUACCACCAACCACCACCACCACCACCACUGGUCCAUUACUACAGACAUGAACAACCUACACAACCAACUCUAAACCACGGUGGGCAUGAUCCACAAAGCAAGGUCUCUUAAACACAGUCAACGGCAGCCAAUACUGGAGUGUUUGAGGGCACUUGAAGUCGAGAGCGAGGUCUCAUCUUUGACUCUGGAGAAGCUUUUUCAUGUUUCCUGUGCCCUGACUCCUGGCUCCACCCCUCAGCGGCUCUGACCAACCAAUGACCAUCUGCUGUAGAUAACCCACUGUCUGUCAUUGGAUCAACAUGUCCCGUCUGCCCCCUUCUAUUAGCGUCCGUCUGCUUUGUAAAUGAGCAGAACCCUCUAGUGCCGUGGAGGUCCGGUUUCCGUCAGCGCCUUGUCCAGAGAGGGAGCGAGUGGUAUCUAUGGAGCCAUUUAGAUCGACUACUUGUACUGUUCAGCUACUGUCUGUUCAGUGGACAGAGGACUCCCACUUACUUCAACCACACCUGCUUCUGUUAGACUGCAAUGGGACAGAGAGACGUAUUCCAAAGAACAGGAUUAUUGUGAACCUGGCCCGAGGCGUUCUGAUGUGUCUGACCUAGCGGCAGACUAUGGACUGGACCAAACGUUGGACUGGAUUUAACCAGACUAUGGACCAGACUGGACCAGAUGACAUGCUCACUGCUCGCCCUAUGCUCUGCUGUGAAUAGGCCUUCUGCUGGAGUACACCUUUGGCACUCUCCAUAUUUUUAUAGACCAAAGAGGAAACAAAGAACAGUUUAUUGUAAGACGAGAUGGACCAGAUUAGGAAAGAGAAAUGGAUACUUGUUUUUCUCGCUACACAACGACGACUGCCCUCAUAGCUGUAGAUGUUUGGGCUUUAUGUCAUUCUGAACUUAGACUAUAGAGUCCAGUGGGAAAAGUAUACAAUCAAAGGAGUUACCUUUAAAAACUUUGCGGACAUUUUUUUUCUCUGACUAAACCCACCACUGUAUUUUGAAACUGGAGAUAUAGGUAAACGUACAUCUAUGUAUUAAAACAAAAAAUCUGAUUUGCAUUUUUCAAAAGCUACAAAUUGGGACACAUUGCAAUAAGCAUGGUUGGUAAAACCGGUAAAAGAGCAAAACUACUGAUCAUCAUUGAGGCUUAAAAGAGAACAUUGAAUCUGUAAUUUCUGAUUUGAGGCUGGCGGGUGGUGGAAAGAUACAUUUCAUGAAAAUGUAUUUUGAAAGGCCUAAAACGUAUAUAUUUAACAGUUUUAUAUGUUGUACCUUUGUAGAGAACCUUAUUCGACAUGAAUAACGUGGUCACAUAACGGCAGCCAUAGAACGUGAAAAACAAGCUCUCUAACGCUGGUUUGUCCUGCUCUCUUUCUGUUCUCAUGACAAGUAAGCUUCUCCCCUCUCACACCUCUAAUCUCCCAAACUAUCAAUCACAGAUAAAAGAAAAAAAAAUGCUCUUGAGUUAUGUUUAAAUAUUUAAUGGUCAUGUUUUACAGAUGCCUGUGAGAGUGUCUUGCAGUGUACGGUUUUAAUGUGGUUAACAACUCUGACACAGCAUAAACAAUCUGACUGAACCCUCAAUGCAACUGAUUGAAUUCCAGGCCUGAGAGUCACUAUCUAUCAAAAAUUGAACUCAUCACAGACAGAGAUUUUGUCACUUUAGUCAAUGAGCAGCCUUUGGAACCUGCUGAUUGCUGCAGUAUUGCAUUGUAAAAGGCGUGGAUUACUUCCUCAUUUCUCUAUAAUGUCGAGUUUAUUUCUUUGUGCUUUUGUGUCUGUCGCACAAUGCUGACCUCCAGUCCUGAGAGACGAAGAUGAUGAUGACACGCGAAGAAGGGAGGCAUUGUGGGAAAAGUUUUAGAAUCAUUUACAUGAGACACUUUUUUUAUCAUGAAAUAUUUUAAGAAUAAAGGAAAUACAUGAAAGAACCA